AUGCUUGUCUAUACACAGGUUGGGACUGUUUGGAUGCAAAGCGAUUAUUCCACCAACUAUUCUUGGAAAAAGACAAAAGAGUUUGCAAACAAUAUUCCAACAAGAACGAUCAAUGGUGUUGUGUGGGAUUCUGUUUUUAACUAUAUUUUGACCAGUGGUCCAAAAGGUGACAUUCGAAUUCUUACCAACCAAGAAGGAGAAUCGGUUAAACACUUGACUCUUGAAUGUGUCAAGUUACAUGGAAUGUGCAUCAAUGAAAUGACAGGAGAGCUUUAUGUGUGUAGUGGUUAUGAUGUCACCAUUUUCAAGUAA